GCGAGGAAAAACUCGAUCUGGCACGAGAACGAAAAGGAAGACGCACCCGUGCGCACCAAUGGCGGCCACCGACCCUUAUUUACUGAAGUCAAAAUGGCUGCCCUUCGGCUUUUCGCACGCUCGAAACCUUUCACGAUUAUUCUUCGAGAUUCUGCUCAAUUUAAAUUGCUAAAUAAUAAUUUACCGAAUAUAGAUCAGGUGACUAAGAGAUGGGGAAGCUACAGAACAUCUCCUGUGUACGAAGACCCUUCCAAAUACACAGAUUUUGAAGUAUCAAGGGAUCCAGAAGAAUGGAAAUACGUAGAAGCUCUGCUUAAACCUAAAUCCAUACCUAUGCCCCCUUUAGAAAAUAAGGAAUAUCCGUCUGGAUGGAAACCACCUGUUUCAAAACCAGGAGAUCAUCCCUACUUUGUGAGCAGAACAAAAAAUUUUAUGCAUCCUGUGUAUCUCGAUAUUACAUAUAGAGGAACACGAAGGCUAACUUUCAUUCGUAGAAUUCAUGGAGAUAUUUGGCAAUUAAAAUCUGAAUUGGUAAAACACGUAUCAGAAACCGUGAAGAAACCGAUUGGUGUACGCGUGAACGAACUUACGGGUGAAAUUCGACUUAGGGGCGAUUAUGUGACAAUUGUUAAAAAGUGGUUAGAUGAAAAAGGAUUUUAAGUAUCUUUGCAUUUAUCAUUAUAAACACUUGUUGUAAAUAUGUGACAUAAAUUUUGUUAUUGUGAUUAUUUGUUAAAAGGUAAAAAUAAAUAAUACAAACAAUAA